CUUCGGGGAUCCCGCGGCGGGGAGCUGCGGUGGAGCGGAGGUGACACGUAAGUGCGGGGCCGGGGAAGUUUCCUUUGUUCCUCUCAGGUGGCGGCGGGGCCGGACCGGGCCGGAGGGGCCGCCCGAGGCGAGCAGGGAGCCGCCCCUCGCCUCGCAGCCACAGCGCCGGGGGCCGCUCCCUCCCGCCGCCCGGGCGGCGCAGCAUGCGGGCCGGCUCCGCCUGGAGGCGCGGGGCCCGCAGGCUGCACGAGGCCGCCCGGGGCGUCGCGGCGGUGCCCCGGGGCUGAGGCGCUCGGCCGGCCGCUCCCCGCCUCCUCGCCACCCCCGGCGCGGGCCCGGGGCCGCCGAUGUCUCCGCCUCAUCGCCGCCGCCCGCCGCCUCCCUCCGCUGUGCCGUGAGGGGCGGGGGCGCCGGGACCCCGCCGGGGACAUGGGCAACGGGAUGUGCUCCCGAAAGCAGAAGCGGAUUUUCCAGACCCUCGUGCUGCUGACUGUGGUGUUCAGCUUCAUCUACGGGGCGAUGCUGUACUACGAGCUGCAGAGCCAGCUGCGGAAGGCUGAGGCCACGGCGCUCAAGUACCAGCAGCACCAGGAGUCCCUCUCGGCCCAGCUACAAGUUGUAUAUGAGCACAGAUCAAGAUUAGAAAAAUCACUGCAAAAGGAAAGGCUUGAACAUAAGAAAGCAAAAGAAGAUUUUCUUGUUUAUAAACUAGAAGCACAGGAAACCCUAAAUAAAGGGAGGCAAGAUUCAAAUAGCCGAUACAGUGCACUGAGUGUCCAGCACCAGAUGUUGAAGAGUCAACAUGAAGAACUAAAGAAACAGCACGCUAACCUUGAGGAAGAUCACCGAAAACAAGGAGAAGAGUUCAGCAGGACAUUCAGUGAUCACAAGCAGAGAUACUUAGAACUGCAGCAGGAAAAAGAGCAGGAGAUCUCUAAGCUGAAGGAAUCCCUGUAUAAUUUACGGGAGGAGAACAGACAAUUGAGAAAAGCUCACCAGGAUGUUCAUACCCAAUUACAAGAUGUAAAGCAACAGCAUAAGAACUUACUCUCCCAGCACAACCAGCUUGUAGUGACAUUGGAAGACCACAAGAGUGCACUAGCUGCUGCACAGUUAAUCAGGAAAGAGAAGUAUCCCUCUGGAAUGAUGAAAUCCCAGGUGGAGGAAUACAAACAGCUGAAGGACACACUGAACAAAAUACCAAGUUUCCGCCAUUCUGAGAAGUUGGAACCAAACAAACAACCGGAGGUGCGGGCGCCAUCUCCCCACAGUGACCUCCCAGAACACCACAAAGCUGCAGCUGAAUUGCAUAAAGAGAGUGAGAAGCCAAAAGAGAGAGAAGAAAUAAAUACCCAAGAGAGAGAUGACAGAGCUGAGUCUUUUCAUCUACCAAGAAGGGCUAACGAGGGCCAGCAUGCCAAAGAAGUAAAUAUUCAGGAGCAGCAAGAAGCUGGAGAGGAUGACGAGCAACAUGUUGAUCAGGCAGAAGAGGAACGCAAAAAAGAACUUGAAGAAGAGGAAAUGGAGCAGGCAGGUCAGCCUCAGCACUUAGAAGAAGAACAGGACCAAGUGCCAGAAGAGCAUGAGUGGAAGAAACAGGAACAGAAAGAAGAAGAAACCAACAUAUUGGGUGAACAUCUUCCAUCAGAGGUAACACCAACAAAAGCUGUCACAAAAAGAUACAAGCCAGCCUACGAAGAGCAACUGGAGCAGCAACAGCUUGCAGCCCAAAGAGCAGAGGAAGCCAAUCAGCUCAGGGAACAUCAGGAAUCGCUGCACCAGCAAAGACUGCAAACACAGCUAUUACGACAGCAACAGCUUCAAGAAAAAGAGCUUCAGCUACAGAGGGAGGCAGAGCAAGGAGAAAAAUUCUAUAAGAACCAACUGAGUCAGCAGGCUCGCUAUGAUAACAUGGACCAUGAUAUUGUACAAGGGGAAGAAGAGCAAGGUAUUCAGGAAGAAGAAGGAGCUUAUGAACAUGACAACCAGCACCGGGAUGAAGGUGAGGAUGAGGAUCAAAACAAUGCAAAUGAACAGCACGAACCAGAACAUCAAGGAGAAAAUCAGCAGGCUGAUGAACCAAGGGCAGCCAUGGAAGAUGUGAACCCUGCUGAUGACCCUAACAAUCAGGGAGAAGAUGAAUUUGAGGAGGCUGAACAAGAGAGAGAAGAAAAUCUACCAGACGAAAAUGAGAAGCACAAGCAGAACAGUGAGAAACAAGGGCAUCCCGGAGUGGAAGAGCACCUAGUGAUGGCAGGAAAUCCCGACCAGCAGGAAGAUAAUGUGGAUGAGCAGUAUCAGGAAGAGGGCGAGGAAGAGAUUCAGGAAGAUUUGACUGAGGAGAAGAAACGAGAACUGGAACGCAAUGCUGAAGAGCCGUAUGGUGAAAAUGAUGAAAAUGGAGAUGAAAAGAAUAAUGGGGAAACAGAUCAAGAGCAAGAAAUGCAAGACGAGAACAACCCUCAGAAGGAAGUUCGUGAAGAAAAUUAUGAGGAGGAAGAGGAGGAGGAGGAGGAACGUGGAGCUGCUGCAGCAAAAACACGGAGGCGAGGGGAGAUGUAGUCCUCACUUUUUGGUAGCACACACAUUCCCGAUUUUAAGAAAAACUCUUUUGGGAUAUGUAAGUCCCAAAAUAAAUUUGCGUUUUACUCUUUUUACUUUUCUAUUAGAUGCUCUCCUACAUUUAUAUGAAUACAGUAUUUUGAUACUCUAGAUUAGGAUUUCUUUUCUAUUAAAUAUGUACAUAAGCAGACAUCACGCAGGUUUCAUUUGUCAUCCUUCAGGGCAUGUUUUAAGAGGCCAAUCUGUAAUAUACUUCCACUUUUUCCAAGCCUGACAAACACUUGGUCUAAUUUCAGAUAUGCUCAACAUCUGAGGGAAUACAUCUAGUGCCUAAGCCCAGUCAGCAUUAGUCAAUCCAGCCCUGUCUUCCUUGACACCACUCACAUGACUAAUGGCUGGCCAGCUACCUGUCCGAGGCACAACCUGCAGUGCUCCUGAAGGCCCACAGGUAGCUUCAUUCAUUAUAAUCUCAUGAGAUUCUUCAAAUCCUUGAAGAUGAGCACAUGCCCAGCUAUUUGUGGGACCAAGCCUCUUACAGAUGCAGGACAGUUAUAAAAUAUGCAAGUUUUACAAGCCUUCAAAAUACAGCCAGGUUAACAGCUGUUCAUUUUGGCAGCUGUUUAUAUACAGCUAAAUUAUGCAUUUAUUUUAAUGAGCAUACCUAGGUACUUCAAUUACAUGCACUACAUAGCAGAUAACGUAAAUGGUGCUAUGCUGAGAUGCGAGUUAGGAACUGAUUUAGACUUGAUGAUCCUUCAUGACAAAUCAAAACACUACAGCUGUCACAGGAAUUAAGAUUUACAGAAGGAACAAUUUUGUCAUCCUAGCUAAUAUAUUACAGUGUGACCUACCAACUGUAAUUAGAUCACCUUCAUGACAUGCUCUCUGGAGACUGGAGAGAGGGUUAAGGCAUUUAAAAUGAGUUGGUGUGAUUUGGUGCCAGAUGUCAAACUAAAGCCUUUACCUUCUUUUACUUAUUUAUUUUUAAAUCUAAGCUGGAAAAACUUCUGUGUCCUCUACUGUGAAAAUCACAUGAGAGACAAAUCCCACAGAAGUUUUUUGAACAGCAAGCAUCUCUAGCACUGCAUGCCUGGAUGUAAGGGAAAAGGGGUGGGGAAUGACACAAAAAUUGUGCCUUGGUGUAAGCUACUAUGAACAUAAUCACAGUGCAUGAAUAUAUACAAUAUUUGUAUUGGUACAGAUCAUAGUUAUUUAAUAUAUGUUUUUAAGGAGAGUGGGAAUCUGGAUUUCCUAGGCCACGCCCCAUUGCUGGAAAUGAGGCACGCAGUAGCUCCCCUUAGGAAGUGUGUGUUAAUAUAUAAAAGGAUAGGGUUUGGGAUUUUUCCCUUUUUAAAUAACGAUGCAUAGCAAUGGUUUUAGUUUAACUUUUGAUAUGAAUGUAAUUUAAUUCGUUUUUCUACUAACUCAAUUACAUUAAGUUUUAUAGUUGGUUUCCAUUCUCGGUAAUUUUCCUGAAUAUCUCAGACACAGUGCUUAUGUUUCAUAGGAAUAUUUUUGUCAGCGAGUACUUUGGGUUUUUAGUUACCAUAAAUCAGAGUUACCUUAUGUAUAAAAAAAGUUUACAUGAUACUGUAAAAUGUAUAAUAUGUACAUAAUCUGCAGAAUACGAUUAUUUUGGUAAAUUGGCCUGUAUUUUUAAUGUCACUGUUGCAGUAUUUAAUUAUUUGAGGCAUAAUAAAACUUGACUGCAGUCAAUAAACUA